AUGGAACUUUUCGCAACAGGCUUCAACGCCUGGAACCAGCUCUCCUUCUCCCAGGACAACCUCCCAGAGGAACCAGAUGACCUCUACGGGUUCACCAAAGUUCUUUCCGCCGCAACCAUUGAACGGCCGGUAUCCCGCCUCACUUACACCAUCGUCCGAAAAGAUGGCGACCUCAUCCUCGCCGGCCACGGCCCCUCGCAGCACAACCUGGAGCGUCUCUACGCGUCAGCCGAAACCGCAACCGGCGAACUCCUAACCAUCGUCCAAGAUCCUCCUCAGCAAGAUGGAGAUCCUGACAGCAACAAGCUAGUCAAGCACGCCUCCCUAUCCUCCUGGUCCUCCGGCGCAAACCCAGAGUCAGUAUUCACCUGCCACCCCAAAGCACGCCAGAUCGCCGCCUUCAACACCGGCUUCGUCAUCCUCCACGCCGACGGCACCGUCUCGACCUUUGGCGAUCCUCGCUUUGAAGCUUGUCUCGGAAGAGACACUGAUGCGCCAAACCCCCCGCCGAACCUCCCGGGCCCGGUACCCGAUCUCCACGAAAUCGCCUCCGCGGAAGACCCCAUGAAACACGUCACGGCAGGCGGAUCCGCCGUCGCGGCGCUGACGACCAGCGGCAGCGUCUACGUCUGGGGCUCGCGGACGCUCUCGUCGUCAUCAUCAUCAAAGGCAGCAGAAACACCUCAUCAUCAUCGCCCGGGGCAUGGCUUCACGGAACUCUCUAGUAUUCCCAACUACACCGAGAUUGACGGCGGAAAGGACGUCGUGGAUGUUGCUCUGGGUGAGGGCCAUGCCAUUGCGCUGACGGCAGAUGGGCUUGUCUAUGUCAUUGGCGAGAAUGUCAACAGCCAGCUGGGACUGGGCGAGCUUGGUAGGGGAGUCUGGAAUACCAGCGGAUGGCUCAAGCAUCGGUUCGAGGCUCCUGAGGGCUUCAGCAUUGUGGGAGUCGCGGCGGGUCCACGGUCGUCCUUUAUCCUUACAGCCAAAAGAUAG